AUGAAGCUUCACGUCGCCACGGUCGCUUCCCUCCUGGUCCUGGCGACGGCCGGCGCCGUCACGUUCGACGCGACGAACACCGCGUCUAAUACCACCGGCGGCCAAAGGUUCGACCAGGCCGUUGGCCUCGACUAUGCGAAGCAGGUCCUCUCUGACGCGUCCACCUUCGUCUGGAACACCUUCAACCAGCCCAGCCCCGCCGACCGCAGGCCGGUCGAUGCGGUCACCCUCGUCGUCGAGGACAUCGGCGGUGUGGCCUUCACCGUCAGCAGCGACAUCCACCUCAGCGCUCAGUACGUCGGCGGCUACGACUCCGGCGACGUCAAGACAGAGGUGACCGGGGUGCUGUACCACGAGGUGGUGCACGUGUGGCAGUGGGGGUUGCAAGACUACGGGGCGCAUCCGGGGAUCUUCGAGGGCAUCGCCGAUUAUGUGCGGCUCAAGGCAGGGUAUGCACCAGGGCACUGGGUGCAGCCGGGGCAGGGAGACAGUUGGGAUCAGGGGUACGACGUCACGGCAAGGUUCCUGGACUACUGUGACUCGCUCGAGCCGGGCUUCGUGGCCUUGCUCAACGCCAAGCUAAAGGACGGGUACGACGAGGACUAUUUCCAGCAGAUUCUGGGCAAGAACGUGCAGCAGCUGUGGCAGGAUUACAAGGCUAAGUACGGGAGCUGA